GGGAUUUGCUUUCCUUUAUCUGAUCUCUCAAGGGUAUGAUACAAUCUACCAAUGCAGUUGCGAUGAUUACUUUCCCUCCAUCUGUUCUAUCACCUUCCUUCUGUAAGAGAUGUCAGCAUUUGGUGGAUACUCUGCUCUCUAUCAGGGCGAUCCCAGGUUAUUAUUCUACAUAUACGUUCAUCUACAGCCCAACUGUAUCUGUGAUAAUUUUUGGAUCUGUUUGGGAAACCUUGUUGAAUCAGAUGAGGACAGAGAUGACGAAACUCACAAGUUAUCAGGACAUGGUUGGCCUUCUGCAUGUUGUCCAUAAAGUGGCUCAGAUUAAUACUCAGGAUGAUUAUGUGGCGCCGCGCCCGAUGACAAUGAAUAUGAGGAGAAGAUGAAGAAAGAAAAUAUAUCAUUUUUCUUUUUAGAAAUGUAAGUUAGAAUAUUUUUAAAUUGGUUUAAACUCUUGUUUCUCUCAAUUUUUAUUUAUAUAUCUAUUUUAAAAUUCAGAUAUACAGAUUUAAAAUUUAGAGACGAGACCAUAUUAUAAACCCUAAACCCUAGACCAUAUUAUAAUUUUUAUCGGGGAAUGUACUGGUAAGAGAAACCAUUAUUAU